CGAGCCGUAGUAAGUCUCCAACGGCCGUCCCCUUUUCAGAACAAGCCUCGUCCGAAAAGUUCACACAUGAAGCCCGUCUUAACUUAGCGGGCGUCAACUGAUUUUCAGCCUCCAACAUCAUUUAUGAGGAAAAGGAAAGCCGCGGCGUGUGUUUCAAGACCCGAGUUAGUUAAACAAAUGCAACGACGGAGAAGAAAUGCCAGUGGAAAUGCUACAUCAAAACCCAAUGCCUCCGUAGGUUUGUCACUGUGCCAAAUCUAUACUUUUCUGCUGACCCACUGAGAGCCCUGAGCUGUGUUGGAGCCUAGCGAUGUGGAGCUGCAUGGUUUACAAUGAGACGGACGCCAGUGUGGACUACCGGCUCUGCCAGGACUUUGGCCUCAUCCUGUCAGUCUUCUCCCUCAUCUACCUCUUGGUGUGCUUCCCCGUGGGGUUGUGCUACAAUGCACUUCUGGUUGUCGUCAACCUCUCCAACAAGGUGUCCAUGACCAUGCCGGAUGUCUAUUUUGUCAACAUGGCCAUUGCUGGCCUUGUGCUCAACCUGGUGGCUCCUGUAGAGUUGCUGGGCCCCAGCUUCACUCGCUGGCCCGUGUGGGAGUACAACAAUGAGAUCUACAUCACCUUGCUCAUCCUCUUCAACAUCUCCUCCCUCGUCAUAAUGUAUUCCACCACGUUGCUUAGUCUGGACUAUUACAUAGAGCGGGCGCUGCCCCGCACGUACAUGUCCAGUGUGUAUAACACAAAGCAUGUGUGUGGGUUCAUCUGGGGUGGGGCUGUGCUCACCAGCUUCUCUUCACUGCUCUUCUACGUGUGCAACCAUGUCUCCACUAAGAUAAUCGAGUGCUCCAAAAUGCAGAACAAGGAGGCAGCAGACGCGAUCAUGAUGUUCAUUGGCUACGUGGUUCCAGCAGUGGCUGUCCUAUACGCUUUUGUGCUCAUCUUGCGCAUUAGGAAGGAGUCCACACCUCUGGACCAGGACUCAGCUCGCCUGGACCCUUCUAUCCACCGGCUGCUGCUAGCUUCUGUGUGUGUGCAGUUUGUACUGUGGACACCAUACUACAUGACUCUGUUGGUACACACUAUAGCGGGAGCACCAGGGAACCAUAGCAACAGACAUCACUACACUACCUACUAUUUCUUGAGAUGCGUGUCUGAGCUGCUGGCCUUCUCCAGCAGUUUUGCGAUGCCUCUUAUGUACAGGCAGAUGAACAAGAACUUCUCCCACAAGCUUCAGCGGCUGCUCAGGAGGCUGCACUGCAGCGACCAGUCCUGCCCCCACGAACGCUCAACAGUGCAGCAAGUGGUGACGUGAGAUCAACCCCUGGGAGACCACUAGCACCCCUCCCCCCUCCCCACCUCCUGGCCUAGGCGGCACUUAUCUCAACCCUUCAGAGCCAGUAUCUAGCUGGGCUCCCUCGCUGCUCUGGACUGUGUUAAGAGCUACAUAGCUAACUGUGGAAUUUCCUGUCACCUCACAGAACUUGAUCUGAUUUAUCCAGUUCUGCAGUGAGAGGACACACCAAGCAUAAACCACUAAGUGCUGUUCUUAUUAUUUGUCACUGAGUGAAGCUCUCCACUAAGACACUUGAUCGCUAGACUGAGAAGAGAAUUUUUCCCUUUUUUUCAUUUUAGAGCUGAAUCCCCACCCUUUAAUUAAAUGUGUGCAGAGUGAUCCCUCAUCAUCAAAAUGAACAUCAGGAUUAUGUACACUUUAGAGGAGGGGACAAUAUUAAUGGCCGGUUACUGUAGUCCAUCAUGAAAAAUGGUUCAUUGGUUUCAAAGGAUAUUUUCAUUCUUCAUGCCAGCACAACCUUGUAGCUAGAAGUAGGACAUGGAAUGUAGCGGGUUUAUAUUGUCACACUUCUAAUUUCACUCACCCAGACUCUGAUAUUCAAUAUUUAGAUUUACUCAGAUGCAUAUUUUGCAUUCGUUUAGCUCCACAGAUCAUAUAGUUACAAAAAAGUUGUAUAUAUUAUUUUCACACCACUUUGAAAUCUUGCAGAAUUAUAUUAACUGCUAAGAAGCGUGUAUUCAGGGUUCAGACAUAACCAGCUUACCUCUUGUUGUGAUCUCUGAUGAAAUCACAUAAUCUGUCAACCAUAAACAUUUAAAAUCACCUAAUUACUUUGUGUUGAGAGCAGUUGCUUCGGCCAAGUAUGUGAUUUGUUAAGCUAUAUUUAUGCUUCUGGGGGAAAUAUGCAUGCAGAGCCUUGCAGUGGGUCAGUGAAGUGCACACGGGGUCACAGAGAGGGCCCUGAGGAGUUGCCGCGUACAUUCCCAAAAUUAUAUGAGCACUCAUGGCUGUGAGGUUUUGUCUCCUGGAAGUAUGCAGCCUCACUGUUCCUCUCCAGGGAAACUAUCAAAAACCUUCACAGAAAUAUGAAAGACCUGCCUGCCAAGCACCUGCAAACAUAGUGUUUGACACAGAAGCGUAAUUUGAACUUCAGUGCUGCUCAGAGGCAUAAAGGAAAUGUGCACGUUAUUUGCGAAGCUGCUUUGCUUGCUUCCCUGUCAUUUCAAAAGAGAGUAUUCGUGAAAAAUUAAUGAAACAUCCUGAUAAUGAUCCACCCUUAUUAUGAAAAAAAAAAAAUCAAAAAACACAGUCUGUUUUUGCAUCAUCACAUAAUGAUACAACAUAUUUUUUCUUGAAUAAAUGGGCCAGUUUUUUAAUCACCAUGUGAAUAGAUUUAUCCAGCAAGGCAGGGCUCUCAUUUAAAAAGAAAUGGAGGGUGGGUACAUUGUCAUAUCCUACUCACAAUGAUAAAUAGGUUGCCAGAUAUAUCAUAUUUAUAUGAAAAAACGCUAGCUUUGGCAGUCUUGUCAGAUCUCCUCACAGUUACAUUCAAGUGAAUAAUAAAUAAAUGCUUUAUCCUUCUAAAACAUUAACUAGACAUUUUUUGUUAAUAGUCUACGAAUAGGGCAUGAAAGUGCAUCCAUCAUUUAAAGUUUGCCUGUGUAACCCCACCUCAUUAUGUGUAUAUGUAGACCAUGCAAUGGAAAGUACUGUGUAGCGCCAACUUUGUGUGUUUACAGUAGACAUUUGCUGCUCAAUGAGAAAUUUUCGUUAAUUUGGAAGUUCACAAAACCAUCAAAGAACAAUCCAGUGUGUCAUUACACAGUUAAUCAUUAUUUAAACUCAGAUCAAAGUCACAAUACGUACUGUUGUUUUGGGAUUGGAAGGCACAGUAGGAUAUGGUCAAAUGAUAAGUGAUUUGAAUGAAAGCCUUUGUCAGUCUGCUGGAAGUAAUUUGGGUCAACAUUUACUGAGCCAGUGUUCAUUUUCAGCCUGUAAUUGUUACAUUGUGCACUAUUUACUGUCAGCCAGCAGCCAUUUUGUGUUAAUUUUCUGACCUUUAUUUAAUCUAUGCAAAACUCCCCACACUGCAUUUUGAGUAGUAAUGAAAAUUAUUGAGUGCUUCGUCCCAGUUUUCUGUUCUGGCAAGAUAUUUUCCACAAGUGUUUGAAUCAACCCCAAAAUAUUUUUUGAUUGAAAUAACCCAAAUCUUUAUGCAUUUAAGCUUGGUCCAGAUAAAAUCUAAAUGCCUCAUAUUCGUGGAAAUGUUAAAAAGAUUUAAAAGCGGUAUUUGUGUUCACCUGAUUGUGUUGUCCCCUACAUGCAUAUGGUAUAUAAAGUGUAUCAACUAAGACAUUGCAGUGUGGCAAUAAGGAAAACUUUUCAGUCAUCAUUGCAUCUCUAUUACUGAGCCAUCAUAAUCUACCACUAUAUUAACAAGAUUAAUAGAGAUUCAUCCCUCUCAAACAUGAGGGUAUUGUUUGUACUAAAUUUGAGAGUUUAAAACAGCCUUUCCCUUGACUACCACUUUCAUGCAAGAUUAUAUUUAUUUACACUUAUCAGUUCAUUAAAGGCAUUUUUCUAGGCUCCAAAAUUACAUAGGUAUCAAAUCAUCAUCAAAGAGUUUAUUUAUAAAGACAAGUGCACUGGUUGAAGAAUCCUUAUCUGAUCAUCCUAACGUUGGGAUGCUUUCACAUAUGGUCAUAUGUAAAGGUACCGUAAAGUGAACCCAAUUCAUUUCAAGUCUACUUUCCUUAUAAAUCAGCCCCUUUAGGAUAAUUAUGGAUAACAUUUUUUUCUUGAUCUCAUGAAAAUUACAAUGAUGUCACUAUAAGGCUGAAGCUGACAUGUCCAUGUUUGACUCUGAUCAGACUCAUCACACGUUAAUCCUGGACUGUUUCCACUUCCUCGCCUUUUAAGCACUUGCUAAUUCGAUCUGCAUUGGAGCUCGUAGUUCAUCUUCACCAGAGAUGCUUUCUUUGUCUCAAGAUGUGUCACUUUUGAGCACUCAAAAUGUAUCACGCCAUAUUCGUGCUACAAGACAGUGACCGUUGAUUCUGCUUCCCUUUCAUCAGCACACAAAUCCAAUUAGUGAUCCCCCCACAAAUGGACUCGGAGUGCAUGGCUGGCAAAUGAAGCACGCUGCCAAGUGGACUCAAAAGCAAAGAAAAGUCAGACCGCGUCUCACACAGAUCUGAGAUGGCCUUGUUUCAGAGCAGUCUGAAUUUGUCUGGAGUCUCACUCAAGUGCAAAAUCAAGCUGACUAAUCACUAAGUUCACUAGAACGGCUGAAACGGACCAAGUGUAAUAUCAUAGCACCCUCAAGUUCACCCAAGGUGGAAUGUAUUCAGAUGCAUCUUAGCUAUAUGAACGGCGAAAACCUCACAAGUUCAGAUGAAUCCACUUUGAGACGUGAUGCUUUUUGUGACUGUGUAUACAAGUGUAUAUGUAUAAUACAAAAUAAUGUGUAUAUAUUGUAUGUUAGAGAUUUACAGGAAGAUACCAAGCCCUUUCAAAAAUACAGUAUUAUUUUCUGAGAGAUAUAUUUAGAUAAGUAAUCUUCUCUACUGUCAACUGAGUCAAAGACUGAUUAAACAAUAAACUAACAUGGGA